UUGGAUUUCCCGGGCGGGGGUCGCGGCGGCGGAUCCUGGGCGCCCCCUGGCGGUCAUGACUCGCCGCCGCCGCCGCCGCGUCUCCCACAAUGCUCGUGUAGCCCCGCUUCGGCUCCUGUGGCGGCGACGGUGGCAACUCCAAGAUGGCGCAGGCAAUCUUCGAAGCCCUGGAGGGGAUGGACAAUCAGACCGUCCUGGCUGUCCAGUCAUUGUUGGAUGGCCAAGGAGCAGUUCCUGAUCCCACAGGCCAGAGUGUCAGUGCUCCUCCUGCCAUUCAGCCAUUAGAUGAUGAAGAUGUCUUUCUCUGCGGGAAGUGUAAGAAGCAGUUCAACUCGCUGCCAGCGUUUAUGACCCACAAGCGGGAACAGUGCCAGGGAAGCGCCCCACCCUUGGCCACAGUCUCACUGGCCACCAAUAGCAUCUACACCCCUUCUGCAGCACCUGCAGUGGUUCCACAGCCCCCGCCUCCUGCCAAUCGCCAGAUCUCCACGUACAUCACAGUACCCCCCUCCCCACUGAUCCAGACCCUGGUGCAGGGGAACAUCUUAGUCAGUGAUGAUGUGCUCAUGUCUGCCAUGUCAGCCUUCACGUCGCUGGACCAGCCCAUGCCUCAGGGGCCCCCACCUGUGCAGAGCAGCCUGAACAUGCAUUCGGCGCCCAGCUACCUCACCCAACCUCCACCCCCUCCGCCACCUCCUCCACCACUGCCUCCGCCUCCACCUCCCCAGCCUCCGCCACCCCCACCCCAGAGCCUGGGUCCUCCUGGGCGCCCCAACCCUGGUGGGAAUGGCGUGGUGGAGGUGUACAGUGCCACGGCACCCCUGGCUGGGAGUGGAACGGUGGAGAUCCAGGCCCUAGGGAUGCAGCCCUACCCGCCCCUGGAGGUGCCAAACCAGUGUGUGGAGGCUCCGGUGUAUGCCACACCCCCGGUGUACAGCCCAGGCAAACAGGGAUUCAAACCAAAAGGACCAAACCCCACUGCCCCCAUGACCACUGCCACUGGGAGUACAGUGGGCACCUUUGACUCUCCGCCACCUCUGAAGACCCGACGAACCAAAGGUGGCAGUGGACUUCCAGAAGCUGCUGGGAAGCCAAAGGCUCAAAAACUCAAGUGUUCAUACUGUGACAAAUCAUUCACCAAGAACUUUGACCUGCAGCAGCACAUCCGAAGCCACACGGGUGAGAAGCCCUUCCAGUGCAUCGCAUGUGGCCGUGCCUUUGCCCAGAAGUCUAAUGUCAAGAAACACAUGCAGACCCACAAGGUGUGGCCCCCAGGGCGCAGUGGUGGCACUGUCUCUCGGAACUCUGUGACUGUGCAGGUCAUGGCCCUGAACCCCAGUAGACAGGAGGACGAGGAAAGCACAGGGUUGAGCCAGACCCUGUCGAGUGCCCCGCCAGCCCAGGCCUUGUCCACGGCAGAUGAAGAUGAGGGGGACAAGCUGGAGACCAAGCAGGUGGUCCUCAUCGAUAGCUCCUACCUGUGCCAAUUCUGCCCUAGCAAGUUCAGCACCUACUUCCAGCUCAAGUCUCAUAUGACCCAGCAUAAAAACGAGCAGGUGUAUAAAUGUGUGGUCAAGAGCUGUGCCCAGACGUUCCCAAAGCUCGACACAUUUCUGGAACACAUCAAGAGCCACCAGGAGGAGCUGAGCUACCGCUGCCACCUCUGUGGCAAGGACUUCCCUUCGCUGUACGACCUGGGUGUGCAUCAGUAUUCCCACAGCCUCCUGCCACAGCACAGCCCCAAGAAGGACAGCGCCAUCUACAAGUGUGUCAAAUGUGUCAACAAAUAUUCCACCCCUGAGGCCCUGGAGCACCAUCUGCAGACUGCCACUCACAACUUCCCCUGCCCUCACUGCCAAAAGGUGUUUCCUUGUGAACGAUACCUGCGGCGUCACUUGCCCACCCAUGGGAGUGGAGGCAGGUUCAAAUGCCAAGUGUGCAAGAAGUUUUUCCGGCGGGAGCACUACCUCAAGCUACAUGCUCACAUCCACUCAGGUGAGAAGCCCUACAAAUGCUCAGUGUGUGAGUCCGCGUUCAACCGCAAGGACAAGCUGAAGAGACACAUGCUGAUCCAUGAGCCCUUCAAGAAAUAUAAAUGUCCCUUCUCGACACACACAGGCUGCAGCAAGGAGUUCAACCGGCCAGACAAGCUGAAGGCCCACAUCCUCUCUCACUCUGGCAUGAAACUCCACAAGUGCGCCCUGUGCAGCAAGUCUUUCAGUCGCCGCGCCCACCUGGCCGAGCACCAGCGUGCGCACACGGGCAACUACAAGUUCCGCUGUGCAGGCUGUGCCAAGGGCUUUUCCCGCCACAAGUACCUCAAGGACCACCGCUGCCGCCUUGGCACCCAAAAGGACAAGGACCUGCAAGCCCGGCGGCCCCCCAGGAGGAGGACAACCCCUCGAAGCAGCGGCAGUGGUGGGCGCAAGUUGGAGGCCCCCCUGCCAGACCCUCUGGGGCUGGAAGAGCUGAAGGACACAGAGGCAGAGGCAGUACCUGAAGUCAGCUCUGGCAAGCCACCCUUCACCGAGCCAGAUGCUGUACUGUCCAUCGUGGUGGGCGGUGGUGUGGGCGGGGAGCCCGAGCUGGUGGUGCCUGGGCACGCUGAGGGGCUGGGCUCCAACCUGGCACUGGCAGAGCUGCAAGCGGGGGCCGAGGGCCCAUGCGCCAUGCUUGCGGUGCCUGUCUACAUCCAGGCUUCUGAGUGAUGGCUUUGGUUUUGCCGCCACGGGCCUGACUUGAUGCUCAUGUUGGGUCUAGGGCCUCUGGGACAGCCUAGAAAUCCUUCCCAAUGGAAGCCAGCCUUCAGCUUUUGGAAUGCCACUUACAAACCCUGACUGGUGGCCAGCCUCCUGGGCCCCUUGUUCUGCUGGAGAUCCCUGCGGCAUUCUGG